UGAAAUCACCAAGCAUUCAUCUUCUCACCAAAGUGAUUGCAGAAAUCUAUCAAAACACUCUUCAAGAUGAAGUCGUUUUUUGUUAUCACUCUAGUUCUAUUUUCAUGUCUGUGUCUUGUUGGAGUCACCCAAGCCGUUUCUGUUGCAAAGGAAGGUCCGCAAGAUGAAGCUUUUGACCCUGAAAACAUUCUAGAUUCAGGCAAACUGACCCAGACAGACGAGGAUAAAAUCUCUGAAAUUAGAAAACAAGUACUAUUCCUUCAGGAAUCCGUUGCUGAGAUCACCCGUUCCUUCUUAACUCUCGAGCUCGUCGCGAAGAAUCCAUCAAUGAUGGCAAAGAUUCACAUUCCUGCUUCUAUCGAGACCGAGUUUGAGCUGGGAGAACCUGAUAAGACACGACGUCGAAGGGAACUCGACUCGUCAUCGACUCUCCCGACAUCGUUCCCACCAUCUGGUGCCGAGCAGCCAAGCAUGGGUCAGAACCCAUUCGGACCAUACUCAUGGCCUAUGUAUUCUGGUCAAUGUUUCUUGUGUCCUGCUGGUGUUCCCGGAAGGGACGGGAGAGACGGACGUGAUGCACCAACAAGUCUUCAAGCUGAAAAACCCAUUUCACCCAGCGACGAUGAGGAUCAAGUACGUCCAGUAGGUACCCCUACAAGUCUUCCUGGUGUCAUCUAUACUCGCUGGGGUAACGAUGUAUGUCCCGAAGAUGCAGAACUCAUCUAUUCAGGUUCUAUUGGAGGUGCACACUACAUUCAGACUGGUAGCGGCUCAAAUUAUCUCUGUAUGCCGGACGAGCCUAUCUAUGACGAGGUAACAGCUUCCAAAGAUGAACACCGAGCCAAACUAUACACCUCUGAAUACGAAGUCCAUACUGCUCCUUCACGCAUUCAACCAAUGCAUGACCAUACUCCGACCUGCGCAGUCUGUAGGGCGCCCUCUAACCGCACCAGGAAACUUAUGAUUCCUGCCCGCAACGUGUGUCCUUCUCAAGAGUGGCGUUUAGAGUACGCUGGUUAUCUUAUGGCAGAGAAAUACGAACACAAUAGAUCGGAAUUUGUGUGUGUGGACCGAGAGAUGGUUCCUAAAGCGGGUACCAUGGGGAAUGAGAAUGGUGCGCUGUUGUAUAUGACAGAAGUCCGGUGUCUGGCGGGUGGGGGCUUGGAUUGUGGAUCCUACAUCGAUGGUUACGAAAUUACUUGCGCUGUGUGUACUAUCUGAAGUCCUACUAUUACAUUCCA